AUGAAACGGGGCGUGCCUACGCGAUCGCCAAGGACGCAGCGCUGCGUUGUUGUGCGCCAAAAAGGCGGAGAACCACACUGUGGAGCGGCGGAGAAAAACCCUGCAGUUGCUGUUCCUCGACACACCUUUGUGUCGCGUGACCCGUGCGUCGUGGUGUGCGCGUACCGCGAGACGCAUGGAAAGCUUUCGCAGGUGCUGGAUCGUCUGGAGAUUGCGCGUGACACGCUGAAUCAUGCGAACCUAAACUUUAUGAACGCUGUGUCCAUGCGUAUGUCGCAGUCUUCCGCCAGGCUGGAUUGGAUGAUGACUUUCCUGAGCCAAAUUGCGACGGUUUGCCUUCCGGUGAAUCUUCUUGCUUCUAUGUUUGGAAUGAAUUGCAGGGUGCCGUGGCAGGCCGAUGAGUAUGACAACUUGAAUGCCUUCUGGGGUCCGUAUUGGGAUCAUAUGGGCCUCGGGGCUGCUGGUAUGCCUUUGUACGUUGCCUUGCUCCAGCAGAAAGGGAUCCAUGUGACGUGA